AUUUAUAACCAUUAACCAGUUGCAGUUAUGGCCAAUGUGGUGAAACAUGUCAAAGUGUCCGGGUUUACUGAGUACUUGAGAGCAGUACAGCAGUAUAAAGAUUCCUCCCUGCACCUUCUUACACUGUUUACAGGCUCUGUAGACAGCGAAGGUAAAAGCUGGUGUCCUGACUGCAAUGUAGCUGAUCCGGUUAUAGAAGAGGCUCUAAACAGUGCUCCAGAGUGUACCUGUAUCAUCACAGUACAGAUCGACAGAACCACCUGGAAGGACAGGAACAAUAGUUUCAGGAAAUCAGAGGACCUCAAACUCACCUCUGUCCCCACUCUCAUUAAAGUCGGCACAGACAAGCGCUUAGUGGAGAGUCAAUGUGCAAAGUUGUCCCUGGUACAGAUGCUGCUUGAAGACGACUAAAUAUUUCUCAUCUUGACAAGCCGUCUAUGAGGAGCAGACAUUUUUAAUUUGUGUUUUCUAAUUUCUUAAUAAUUGUAUCCAGUCUUAUGAUUGAAAUAUUUUGUACUUAUUUUGUUUAUUCACAGCUUCCUGUCAUACACAUGAUUUGGCUGGUUCAAACGUUAUCUGGUUUGAUUCUUUUUAAUUAAGUUAUCAAUAAUGAUAUCCUUGUACAUUAACUCUAAUCAUGACCUGCAUUGUUUGUUUUUCAUUUUACAUUAUACACUCA